CGCAGUAAGCCUUUUUGGCAAGGACAGCGUUAUAUCGGGUAGAGGUGUAUUUGGUGUUUUUCUGGCUCCUGGAGCCAAGUGAUUAUGUGAGAAUCUCAGCUUUCAUUUUUAAAAUAGUAAGAUUCUAACCUUUGUGACUGCAGAGAAAAAUCUUGAAAAUGUGACCCAAGCACAUGUUAAAAGUUCAAACCAAAAGGCAAGUAAAAAACCCCCAAAUUUAUUAUUUUAAGAUAAUCUCAGGAUUUUUGAGGCCUGACUCAUGGUUUUUGAAUGCCUAGGGUUGGCCAUCUUGGGAAUCAGUUUAUUCAGGGCUGAAGGGAUGAAUAUCUUUUCAAAGAUUCAAUUGUAGGUGGUAGUUAACUUGAUAUUGGUAUUUCUGAUGUUUGGAGAAUAAAUAUCUUGUCUACUGGUAAUAUAAAAUAUGAACAACACUCAGGUCGAUCUCAACUAAAACUGCUUCAUCCAACUACAACUACUUAACAUAUUGAGUUCACUUCCUGUUACCCAGUUCCUGUGUCUUUUUUAAAGUGAUACAGACCCUUUUGGAAUGCUGGAUGUUGAACUCUUUACCUUGCACUAACAAUAAAAUAAAGAGAGAGAAUAUAGUUUGUUCUGAGAUCCGCUAAUCUGUUCUAAAAAGCAAGCAUUCUAAUGUUUCAAGGAAGAAUGAAGAACACACAUUUUAAAGCACAAUCUAAGGGGAUUUCACUUCACGUGAUAUUUUUGGUGCUAUCAAUUGACAAUCAGUAGAUAGUACCAAAAAUUAGUUUAUUUUUUGACUGUUUUAUUAACAUUUAAGUUUUAUAUGAAGUCAUCUGUAUUCUUUUCAGAAUUCAACUAUUAUUUAAACAUAUUUAAGCUUUUUGGUAAAGCCUGAAAAAAUUGUUUAAAAAAAGUUGUAAAACCUCAUUGUGCUAUUAAUCUUGACUGUUUUUAAUAUUAAAAUGCAGGUACAGUCUGCACUGUAUAGUUAUUCAGUCUUAGAAUAUGCCCCUUUCAGUACUUUUAGCCCCUUUUAGUACUGUCUUUGACAUGUUACACUUAUAUAGUACACUUCCUUCCAGAAUCUGAGUGCUUUACAAAUAUUAGCUAACUAAACUGCACAACACCCCUGUGAAGUAAAGGGAUAUGUCAAAAUAUAUCUAGAAAAUCUGUAUUCAAUAUAAUUAACUAUAAAGAUUAUGUCCUGAUAUGUGAUAGAUAUAAUUUUAACAGAAUAUGUUCCUUUGACAUAAUAAAGAACAAGCUGGUUCAACUGAUCCCUUUAAGGAUACAUUUGAAGGUUAAGUAGCUACAGAUCUCAGCUAAUCCAGUGUAAUCUGCUAUUACUAAAUGGAUGUCUACAUUCACAUUCAUAGCACACAGCACAUGAGUGCCAGGGAAUAAAAGUUUUUAGAUUUUGUUCAUAUCAAUUUUGCUGGGAGGUAGUCAUGUAUCUGCUUGUUUGUUUAUGCAUCAUGAUUAGCUUUUUUGAAGAGGUAAACAGUUUUUGUCCUUCACAAUGCACUUGCAUUUACCAUGGCAGAAGUGAUGGCACUGGAACAAGGUAUGCCUUUCUUUAUUGCCAUUACACAACGUAAUGAUAGGAAAAUAGGUUGAUGGAAAUUUAGAAUAACAUUCUCUGACACCACUGAUGAGUGCAGACUGUGUAGUUUUAGUUCAUGUACUUUUUAGAAGUAUAAAGGGGGAAGUUUACUCCAUUUUUAGGCCACUUUACAUGGUAAGCAAUGUGCAUGGAUAUUAACAGGUAGCAAUAAUGUCUUGUCUUAUUGGUUUUUACUUAGCAGCUGGACGCCUUUUAAAUCUUCAGUUUUUACAGAGACUUCUCUCUGCACUCUACUUUACUAAAUGUCGAUAUUUCCUUGAAAAUUCCAUUCUCAAACCAGUUAGCCCUGGUAUGGUAAUCCUGGUUUUAGAUAAAUGCAAAAGUUUUCUUUACUCUAUUUCAUUGUUAGACAAUAGAAAAAGUGUGAUGAUAAAGAAAGAGCUUAACCACUUUGAAAUAUUUUACAGCAGAUGCACUAGACAUUGCAUUGUUGCUCAUUUGGGAAUUACAAUUUCAGCUAAUUUUAUUCUUGUACUAUAUCUCAUACAAAGUUCUGGUGGGGAGAAAGGAAAAGAGAUAUUCUUCAUAAAUCAGCAUCUAUAUGGAGAGAAAGGAGAGACAUUAACUUUGGUCAAAAUUCUCAAACCUGGAUGCCUAGACUCCUUAAUCCAUAUGUAUGAACUUAAAAUAAAUUGAAAUGGCCUAAUUUUCAGAGAUUCUGAGAAAACCCAGCACCUCUGAAGUCAAUGGAAGUAGAAAGUCCACAGAACCUCUGAAAAUUAGGCCAUUUCUAUUUAGGUGACUACCUGUGGAUUUAGAAUCUUAAAUUUAAGCACCCAGUUUGAAAAAUUUUCCUUUUUUUUUCUCGUAAUCUUCAACCUACUUUCAAAGUAAAGUUCCACAAAUAUAUUUACCGUCGUGCCUUAAAUAUUUGAUAUCUCCACACUUGAAGAGAAAUUAGAAAAAGUGACACACAGAAUUAUAGACUUUUUAUUAAAACGGAGGUCAUGAAUCUCCUGUUUCAAUGAUAAAAAUACAAAUAAAAUCCUUCUGUUCUUGAAUUACAUUGCUGGCCCUAAAAUGACUGGGUAAAAGGUAGCAUUUGAAUUUAUCUGGAAUUAAUGCAGCAGUAUCAUUGCUAUUUUAUAUUUAUUUUCUCUUUAGAAAGAAAGUCCACCUCCUAAUUGUUACUAUCUUUUAAACAUAGAAGAUCGCGCUUGAUCUGAUAUUUUGGCAGUAGUGGUGGUGGAAAAGGUAUUAGCACUUAUGUAUUUGAGAUGCAAGUCUCUGGUAAUGAAAUACAGAUCUCUCUUUGUUGUUUGGUGCUAGGUCUGUGCUGUGUAAUGACCCUGAUAUGUUUGAGAUUCCUGUGAAUGUUCCUGUGGACACAGUAAAACUUCGCGUAGAAAAAACUGUCAUACGAAGAAUCCCCACUGAAGCCUUUUACUACUUGGUGGACCUUAAAUACCUGUGGGUGACCUACAAUUGUGUGGCUAACAUUGAUGCCAGCAGCUUUUAUAAUUUGAAGCAGCUGCAUGAGUUGCGUCUGGAUGGGAAUUUGCUGUCAAGUUUCCCUUGGGAGUCUCUUGUGGAGAUGCCCAAUUUAAGAACCUUUGAUUUACAUAACAACAAAUUGACCAGCAUUCCGUCUGAGGCUGGUAGAUACCUGAGAAACCUCACCUACCUGGACAUAUCCAGCAACAAACUAACCACCUUGCCAUCCGACCUAAUGGACAUUUGGCCCCCCUUUUCAGAAGCUACACCGUCCAGGAACACAGAUCCAGCAGCACAGAGAGUCAUAUUAGGUUUGCAGGACAAUCCAUGGUUUUGUGACUGUCGGAUUUCAAAGCUAAUUGAAUUUUCCAAAAUAGUGGACACCUCUGUUGUACUUCUGGAUCCUCUUGUGGCUUGUAGUGGACCUGAGAGCCUGGCAGGUAUCUUGUUCCAGAGAGCAGAGCUGGAACAGUGUCUUAAACCAUCAGUGAUGACUUCAGCAACAAAAAUCACAUCGCCUCUGGGAAGCAAUGUACUGCUACGCUGUGAUGCCACUGGAUAUCCAACCCCACAACUUACCUGGAUCAGGUCAGACAAUUUACCGGUGAACUAUACAGUAAUUCAAGAAACUCCAGGAGAGGGUGUCAGAUGGUCCAUAAUAAGUUUGACUGGGAUUUCAUACAAGGAUGCAGGGGACUACAGAUGUAAGGCCAAAAAUUUGGCGGGAAUGUCAGAAGCUGCUGUUACUGUCACUGUGGUUGGUGUUGUCACUACGACUGUGUCACCACAAAAGUAUGGGAAGAAGUUUGAAGCAGAGCAACAAAAUAACACACAGGAGGAAGCCAAGCAAGAAUCUGAAAAAAGCACCACACCUCCUCCACCCUUAACAUCGCUGCCCACAACAAUGGCUACCACUGAAAGGGCAACAAGUGCCAAGAUUACAGACAAAAAACAAUCCAAGUCCACGGCUGAUGGGAAAAAAAGUUCAAAGGGAGUAACAAAUGGAAACAACAAAAAGUCUGAAGAAACAAGCAAGAAAGAUGAGGAGACUUCAUUGAAUGCAGCAGCACUGGCUGAACAGAACGUCACCAUAAAGAACCUAAAAGUUAUUAGUGAAACGGAUGAAAGAGUUACCUUAACUUGGAAAACCAUCAAUGCCACAAGCAACUCUGCAGUGACUGUAUUGUACUCAAAGUAUGGUGAGAAAGAUAUGCUGCCUCUGAGUACAGAUCCCAGCAAAAACAAAGUCACAAUAGAUGGUUUGCAGCCACGAACACAAUACAUGGCAUGCGUCUGUCCCAAAGGAGUCCCACCUACAAAAGAUCAAUGCAUUAUUUUCUCCACUGAUGGACUAAACGAUGAGAGUGGGUCUCAAGUUUCCAUUUUGGUCAUGACUAGCAGUGUGGCAUGUGUGAUUGUUCUACCUUUGAUAUUUUUCUUGCUCUAUAAAGUUUUAAAACUUCACAGGAAACCAAAAUCUGCUAGGGAAGCUGACCUUGCAAAAGAGACCUAUGUCAAAUUUGAAACACUUUCCCUUAAGCCCCGUUCAGUGGGCACAGGAGGAGAGCUCUGGACUCGAAGAAACACUGAUGAGUCAGAAAGACUUCUGCUUUGCUCUAGGUCAAGCAUGGAUUCUCAGAUGACCUUCAAAAGCGAGGGCUCCAGGUCUGAGUACUUCUGUUGAAUGUUGUAUACAGUGGACAAUGUGAAAUACACUAAGGGUAAAACUAAUUCCAAACUGCAGUCUUGUAUCUGAAAGCAGGUCAGUGCCAGUUAGGAAAUACCACUAUCAGAUAGCAUCUGAUACAACUCAGACUAUUGUGGUAGGAGGGGGAAAGGGAAAUUGAUGCCAGUAUAUGUUUUUUGUCUUUUUUUUUUACAUCCUGUCAUGCAUCCUGUGACUUCUGAUAUGAGAUAGUGAUGUUCCUUGGAGAGUAAAUAGAGCAUAAAGUAACUCUGCCUGAUUUAUGUUCUUAUAUUUUCUGUUUUUAUUAAACAUACUGGUAUUUAUUUUGUCAUCUGAUUU